AUGACGAAAGGUGUGGGAGAAUCUGACCACGAGCUACGAGCUCCGGCGGACAACGGAGUCCGGCAAGCUGCAGAGAUUGUCAGCAACAGCUUCACUAAUGACGUCAGCGACAGGCCCAGUGGCAGCAAGAGGAGUACACAUCUUAGUCAGCAAGAGCCAGACAAAGACCCGGUGGUGGAGAUCGAGAUGCACAGCCUGCUUCCCAAACCUUCACCCGACGACGACGACAACUGGACCGACAGUGAGGAUGAAGAGGACUAUACCCAGAAGGUCCAAUCGGCAAACAUUAUUGCCAAGAUAGUUUUAGGCUUCAGAAGAGGCCUCUCGUUGACCAUUUCAUGCAUCAUAGAAAAAACCAACGGUCAUCUGUUCACAGUCAUUUUCCUCCUGGCUUACCUGGCAUAUUUCAUUGCUGCAUUGAUUUACAGAUUUGACGAUGAAGGCUCACAUCGCCUAUUGGGUUUUACCAUCGUCGGUGUCAUUAUCAAAACACGGACCUUCAUCUACAACAGUUGUGAAAGGUUGGUUCGGAAAGUGGUCGGAACUGAGAAAACUUCUGCCAGAUUUCAGGAACGUUUGGCCACUGCACGAUUUUUCUCUCGCUGGCUGCUCUAUGGAGGAGUGGCCGCCGUCAUGGCCUGGGUCAUCAUUGAGAAGGCGAUGACUGAUCCCCGAAACCUGAGCUCCCUCCCCGGCAUUCUGGUGAUUCUGCUGGUCUGCUUGAUGUUUUCCACCAAACCAGAGAAGAUCAACUGGCACACCAUCUACUGGGGUCUGGGACUACAGUUUAUCCUGGCCCUGCUGGUUCUCAAGUGGAGCUUCGGCAAACAGGCCAUCUUGUGGGUUCAGUCCAGACUGGACGAGUUCUUCGAAAAUGCUGCAGCUGGAUCAAAAUUCCUCUUUGGAGACAGCUACCAAGAUCACUACAUCACUUUCGGGGCGCUUCCACUGUUGUUCUUCACCAACGGAGUCCUGACUCUCUUAUACUAUCUCGGGGCCAUGCAGCUCAUUAUCAAAGUCAUCGGGAAUUUCCUGACCUUUGUUCUGGACACCACGGGCAUCGAGUCUAUGGCGGUGGCAGCUGGAAUCUUCAUGGAAGGGAUUACAUCCCUAACCGCCUUCAGACCAUACCUGCGGACGCUCUCAAAGUCGCAGAUGUUUCUCGUGGUCACCUCGUGUUUCUCCUCGCUAGGCGGCGCCUACCUGGCUGUGCUUUCCAAAAUGGGGGUUUCCGUGGAGUUCAUUAUUGGCGCCAUGUUGGUGUCGGCUCCUGCCACCUUCACCGUCUGCAAGUUGAUGAUCCCAGAGUCCAGGGCCGUCAAUAAAAAGAACGACGAAGCGAUCAAGAAAAUCGGAGAGGAAGAGAAAGGACAAUACUCCAACGCCAUGGAUGCCAUGCAGACAGGGGCGCUCAUCAUGUUGUCAGUUGUAGGCAACAUCGCCGUCAGCUGCUUCACCCUCAUCUCUGUCAUCGAGUGGGUGAACAGCACCACAGUCUGGUUCGGCGACCGCAUCGGCGUCGAGGGACUCACUAUGGAGUUCAUAGCCUCGUACCUGCUGUAUCCAAUAUCUGUCGGGAUGGGUGUGGAGCUCGCUGACUGUCGCAGGGUGGCCAUGCUCAACGGAUAUCGUGUGGUCAGCUCCAACAUUGUGGCAUUUUUCAAGCUGACGGAAAUGAGGGACAACAGGAUCAAAUUCGAAGACUACAUGUUGAAAACUAACGGAACCGGAAAUGUGACCUACAUUAAUGAUGACAUCAUCCUUGAAGACUGGGGAGAGACUCUUCACUUGGGAUAUCUAUCGUUACGAUCAGAGGCGAUCACCACAUACUUUCUCUGCGGGUUUUCCAGCUUCCUCUCUGUGGCCAUUCACCUGGGGAUGAUGGCGGCCUAUGUGCCAAACAGGAAGCGCUGGUUCACACGAGUGGCUCCCGCAGGGUUCAUUGCCGGAAACCUGGCAAAUAUCAUGACUGGUUGCUUUGCUUGUAUAUUUUACUGA